UGUUAUGUUAUACAGUCAGUCACAGAGAGAGAGAGAGAGAAACAAGAGGCACUGCUCUCAGAGCUAAAAAGCUCAUCACCUGCAAACAAAUCAGAGAGGGAGGGAGGGAGAGAGAGAGAGAGAGAGAGAGAGAGAGAGAGAGAAAGAGAAACUUAAAUUUGUGUGAGCAGCUUGUGCAGUGCAGACACAGAGAAAGAGAGAAAGAGAGGCAUGGCGGCGUAGCAGUGAGAGAGAGAGAGAGACUUAAAUGCUUUGAAAUUUACAGACGAACACAGCACAGCACAGCACAGUGAAGAAGAGAAGGGAAGGGAAUUAAAAGCGCGAUUAACGCUGCCAAACAGAGCCUAACGUCUGUCUCUCUCUCUGUAAAUUUUCACCCAUUUUCUCCAAACCCAACAAACACUAAGCACACCCAAAACUCUCAUAUACUCACACAAACUUCACAGAUUACAUAAAGAUUAAAACUUUAAGCACAACAGUAAAUACCCAUCAGGGAAUUGGGUGUGAAAUUGGGUUCAGAAUUGAGAGUGGAGCUUGAUUUUGAUAUGGAUUUUCGGUCACAAUUGGGGCAGCAAUGGCUGGUUUUUUCUCGUUAGGCAGAGGCGGCAACAACAACCACCAAGAUCAAGACCACCAUAACAGCAAUAACCCACCCCCACCUGAUCAUCAAAUUGCUCCGGAGACGUUCUGGUACAAGAAUGAGGACGUGGCAGCUCAGCCGUACAAAGGGUUCGAGCUAUGGCAGCAACAAGAGCAGCUCCUCCAGCUCCAAACCCAGCCACCACGCCUCUUCCACCACCACCCCCAUCACCAUCAAGAUCUCUACGCAUCCGCUGCCGCUCUAGGCGUGGGGCCCAGCAGCAGGGGCUCGGAUGACACGUCAUCGUCGCGGUCGGCCGCCGCGUUGAUGAUGAUGAGGUCGUCCUCCGGCGGAGGCGCAGGUGGAAGCGGAGGAGGAACCGCCAGCUGUCAAGACUGCGGAAACCAAGCCAAGAAAGAUUGCAUUCACAUGAGGUGCCGGACUUGCUGCAAGAGCCGAGGGUUCGACUGCCCGACCCACGUGAAGAGCACGUGGGUUCCGGCGUCGAAGCGCCGCGAGCGGCAGCAACAGCUCAUGGCUUUGCAGCAGCAGCAGCAACAACAGCAGCAGCAAGAACAUCAUCAACAACGACAGCAGCAGCAGCAGCUGCAAGUGAUUCGGGGAGAGAAUUCCAAGAGGCUGAGAGAAAAUCCAAACUCCAAUUCUUCCCUUCGCAUUCUCGGCAACUCGUCAGGGUUGGAGUUGGGGAAUUUUCCGGCAGAAGUGAGCUCGCCCGCGGUGUUUCGCUGCGUAAGAGUGAGCUCCAUCGAGGACGACGAUGAUCAGUACGCGUAUCAGACGGCUGUGAACAUAGGAGGCCAUUUGUUUAAAGGAAUUCUCUACGACCAAGGCCCCGAAACCUCUAACUACAACAUGAACAUGGCUGCUGCCGCUGCUGCGGCUGAAACUUCAUCUGGUGGCGGUGGAGUUAAUAUCCAGCCGCUCAAUCUCAUUGCUGGCGCCACCACCGCCGCCAACACAGCCACCAUUGGCGGCGGUGAUGACGAGGGUGUGGCGGGGGCUUCCACGACAGUUAUAGAUCCUUCUUCUCUAUACCCAGCUCCACUUAACACAUACAUGGCUGGUACGCAAUUCUUCCUACCACCAAGAUCUUGAUCAUCAUCAUCAAACAAAAGUUUCUCACCACAUUCUUCAUCCUUCUUCUUCUUCUUCUUGACUGCCUGCUGCGGUCGACUUUGGCGUAGUUAGUUAGUGUGGACUCUCAAAUAUUUGAUAAUAUCUUUGUAGCAAAAUUGACACCCCCUCCCAUUUGAACUAGCUUAGCUAGGAGAGCUAGAGAGAGAGAGAGAGAGAGAGAGAGAGUAGAAAGAAACGAACCAGCUUAGAGGAAAAUGAUGCGCAACAACGAACGAGUUUGUUUUGUUGACAGUUUCCAAUGCUUGUUAAUUAGUUAAUUUAAACAUGAUCAUUAUUAUUCUUCGGUCUGAAUUAUUUUCUUGUUCAAA